CGUGUCCCCGCGGCUCCCGGGCACGGCCGCCCUGAGGGCAGCUGCCCCGGCAUCCCCCGCUCCCCUCGCCGGGCCGUUACUCGCCGUUGGCAGAAGCCGCCGCCGCUGCCGGGAGGCCGCCGGGAGCGGCGGCACGUGCCCGGCCCGGCCUGUGCCGCAGCGGGGCCCGGCGGGGCGCGGCCCCGAGGGCUGCCGGCUACCCCGGCAGAGGAACGCUGUCUCCUUCCGCUCCCCCGGAUUAUGCGCCCGGACGAUGCCAACAUCGCUGGGAAUGUCCACGGGGGAACCAUCCUGAAGAUGAUUGAGGAGGCGGGAGCCAUCAUCAGUACCCGUCACUGCAACUCCCAGGCCGGAGAGCCCUGCGUGGCUGCACUGGCACGGGUGGAGCGGACAGACUUUCUCUCACCAAUGUGCAUCGGCGAGGUGGCCAAUGUCAGUGCCGAGAUCACCUACACCUCCCGGCACUCCGUGGAGGUCCAGGUCAACGUCAUGUCUGAAAACAUUUUAACAGGGGCAAAGAAGUUGACAAACAAGGCGACGCUGUGGUAUGUGCCUCUGUCCCUGAAGAACGUGAAUAAGGUCCUUGAGGUUCCCCCCAUCCAGUACACGAGAAAGGAGCAGGAGGACGAGGGGAAGAAGCGUUAUGAGGAGCAAAAGCUGGAUCGGCUGGAAACUAAGCAGAGAAAUGGUGACGUGAUCUUCCCCAUCAUCAACCCAGACAGGCAGACAAAAGAGCCACACACCGUUGGCUACAGCCAGUCCAGCCUGAUCCACCUGGUGGGCCCAUCAGACUGCACGCUGCUGGGCUUCGUGCACGGAGGUGUCACCAUGAAGCUCAUGGAUGAGGUUGCUGGGAUUGUGGCUGCCCGCCACUGCAAGACCAACAUUGUCACCGCCUCGGUGGAUGCCAUCAACUUCCAUGAGAAGAUCAAAAAAGGCUGUGUCAUCACCAUCUCGGGGCGCAUGACCUUCACAAGCAAUAAAUCCAUGGAAAUUGAAGUCUUUGUGGAUGCCGACCCGUUUGUGGAUGAGCCUCGGGAGCGGUACCGUGCCGUCAGCGCCUUCUUCACCUAUGUGUCCCUGAGCAAGGAGGGGAAGCCCCUGCCUGUCCCGCAGCUGCUGACAGAGACGGAGGAUGAGAAGCGGCGCUUUGAGGAAGGGAAGGGCAGGUACCUGCAGACCAAAGCCAAGCGGCAGGCGCAGAUGCAGCAGGCUGCCCAGCAGUGACCUGCCCUCCACUCUUGCUGCCAGCGCCUGCCAGGUUGUUCCCGUUUGUGUUGUGUCUGGUCCGUGCCUCCACUCGCCCCUGCCGCCGCUGGCACCGCUGCUUCGCUGCUGGUGGGCUCAGCACUGCACACCUCGUGCUUCAGGUGGCACUGAGAGCCCCUGGGAGCCUACCCAGGGGCUUGCCAUCUGCCUCCGGAGCUGUUGUUACUGUUUGACUCCCCAUGCCAGAGUGGGAUGGAGGCGUGCGGCGGCCCAGGGGGCGUGUGGGGCUGCGAGUCCUUGUGCUGCCAUGUUCAACUCGCUGGUUUGUCCUACCAUGCACACCAAAGCUUUCGCAAGUGCGGUGCUGGGACCGCACUGAAUGUCUGUGACAUCUCUAAGUAGUUCUCUGUGCACAUCUAAGUUAUUUAAGGAAACCUGUGGCAUUAAUAAAGUCUGUUUCAUUGACUGGAAUAAAA